AUGCUGAACGAUAUUUACCCCGACGUCCGCCAGUACUUGCUCGUUCCCUACGCCCAGCCACCAGUCGGAGAUCUCCGCUGGCAAUCUCCACAGAAACUGAAGAAGAUGAACCGCAGAUUCGACUCGACCAGAUACGGACCAGCUUGUCCGCAGUAUGUCUCCAGCUACGACAGUAUCUGGACCGAGUACUCGCCCACUGCGCUACUCUACAGCCUCGGCGGAUCCCGGACUGAGGGCUCAACCGCCUGGUUCACAGCAGAAAAGACUGUCUACCCCAAAGUCCGAAGCCUAGACGAAACAUCCCUAACUCUACUCAACGUACGAGCAGCAGUGGAAUGGGUCUACGAGAACAUCGAGUCCUUUGGCGGCAACAAGGACAACAUCAUGCUAUGGGCCCAAUCCCAAGGCGCAGUCCUAACACACCUAUACACGCUCGCUUUCCCAGACAACCCACUAGCCACCAAAUUCGGAAUCCUUUCGCAACCACCCUCCGUAAUCAUCAAACUCACCACCACAGCCGAUGUCUACGCAGACUUCGACAUAAUCGCCAAAGCCCUAGGCUGUAACUACGGGUCCGACGCGAUGGCGGAACUAGAAUGCAUGCGCAAGGUCUCUUGGGUGCGGAUCUCGGAGUUCAUCAGGCGGUACACCGCGUCGCCAUCGAUCUCAUUCAGCAGUCACAUCCCGGACGAGAAAUACAUCUUCGCGGACGAACCCGCGCGCUACGCAGCCAGGAAAGUCGCGCCCGGCCCCGCCAUCCGCUCGAACGUGGACCGCGAAUCCGCCAGCACGAAUUUCACGGCCGCGGCUCUGACAGAGCAGGAAUAG